CCCGUGCAAUCAGCUGCGCGCUCACUUUUACCGGCGUCUGUACCGAGGCGGUACCGACCCAUGAGCACAGACCCGAGCGAGUGUUCCUCCGUUAGCAGCCGUUAAAGAUUACCGUACGACCAGUCGGAGCUCGCGCAGAGAUGCUGUGUUUCAGCGGGCUGUCGGUGGCGCUCGCGCUCGCGCUGGUUCCCGGUUCCGGUGAAGCCGCGCGGGACCGAGACUGUGAAGUGUGUGUGACAUUCCUCGGGAAGUUUUACCAGUCGCUGAAGGACAACGACGUAAAGUUCACCAGCACAGACAUCGAGAAGGCCCUCGUAAAGACCUGCAGAGAUGCUAAAGGCAAAGAAAACCGCUUUUGUUACUACAUCGGGGCAACGAGUGACGCAGCCACCAAGAUUAUCAACGAGGUGUCCAAGCCCCUCAGCUACCACGCCCCAGUGGAGAAGAUCUGUGAGAAACUCAAGAAGAAGGACAGUCAGAUCUGUGAACUAAAAUACGACAAACAGCUGGACCUGACCACGGUGGACCUGAAAAAGCUUAAAGUGAAGGACCUGAAGAAGAUUCUGGAGGAGUGGGGCGAGUCCUGCAAAGGCUGCGCCGAAAAGUCCGACUUCAUCCGCAAAAUCACGGAGCUCAUGCCCAAGUACGCCCCCGCAGCCGCCAGAGCACGGACAGAUCUGUAACGAGGACCACGAACAUAAUAAAACACAACCACACAACUUUGGACUUGUCUGGGACCAGACUGCUAUCCAGUGAGGAAGAGGAGGAGGAGGAGGACCAGGAGAGGAGGAGGGGAGUUUUUUUUCUGACAUGUUUGUCUUUUGGGUUCGGGAGGGCGUACACUUCAUCUUCCACUGAUUCAGAAGUAUAGUUGUUAGUGUAUACACACGAGACUCGAGUUCUUUGUUGUACUUUUUCAAUCCGGUGUAAGGGGAGCGAGCAGUGUUUGAGUUGAGGAGCACACAUACAGUUCAUCGUACGUUGGCGAUAUUCCUGGUUAUAACUAGUCCAUUGAUGCAUUCUAAAGGGAAAAGUGACUGUUGGAGGUUAAAGUGAAACUGCUCAGUUUGUCGGUCACUGUACAUCCUGCUGUUCACCCCCCCCCACGUCGACCACCCCUCCAACCUCCGCCUACGCCACCCGAUGAGAUCUUAAUGUCAGGAUGAUUCUUGGAAAGUCAUCAUGUUUUGAAGAAUGUGUGUAAUUUCCUGUUCCUCCAAACUUUACCCUACUUUUCACAAUGUCCUCCCGUCAACAGAGGACGUGUGGAUCAACAUCCAUGACCAGAGCCCCCCCCACACACACACACACACACACACACUGAGAAGGAAAAUGCUCUCUGCCUUAAACUGAUCCUGACGUUCCCACACGUACGUUCAAAUAAUGUUCAGUCCACACCGACCCUGAAUAAUUCUAGACUGAGGACAAAAUCCACAAUCCUGUUCUGUUCAAAGACGCAUUGUUUAUCUGAAGUUAAUGUGCAGUUAGUCAAAUCAAGUGGUUAUCUUCUUCCAAAGUCUUUUUAGUAUGAGACUAAUCACCCUGCAGGAAAAGAGCGUAUAUCAGGCCUGCCCAAAGUGAACAGCAGAUAUUUGAUAAUAGGACUGUACUUCUACUGUUCUACCCCAUUAUUUUUCAGUUUAGUGCCACAAUAAACUCCGACAAAGAUAUCAGCCGUCCCUGCGGUGGAGACGAAGCUACACCAGUCUCUUGUUUUGGUCUACCUCGCGUUUUAUUGCCUUUUCUUCGUCAGCGCCGGAGGAGGAGGAGCAGCCACUGUCCGGAGUCACGCUGCCCUCCGUUAACUAUCACUCUUCUCUGCUUCCGUCACAGUUUGUGGUCAUUAUGAGACUCGGUUUGUAAAGUUUGCAGCCUUCAGUGCUGCCGAUCUGUGUGAUCGUCUCGAGGUCUGUCAGUGGAGCCCUGUGGUCCACCAUUAAGGGAAAACAUCUGGCCAUCGCUGCUGUAUAUUAUAAAACAGAUAUAUAUAACAGAGAAUGAGGACUGUGUAUUUUGUCCCUAAUCACUUACAUUGGUAAUUACAUGAGGAAGGGAUCUCUUAACGGCCAGUACGAAGCAGAAGAACGACAGCAGCAUCUAGAAACGGUUCUCCAUGUGCAUUAAGAUUAAGACUCUCCUGUAAAGACAUUCAGAUCUCCAACACUCUCCCCCUUUCAACCUCCAAUUCAGUCUUUUUGUUUCAGUUUACGGUUCACAAAGUCGCCCAUAUUCCAACCCAGAGUCAAACAAACUGUACUGUUAUUAAAAAAUGGAAAAACUA